AUAAACAUGGAGGAGGCCGAGAGGAUAUUUACAGAAGCAAAAUCUUCUGAAUCAAACUCCAAUAAUGACAGGGCGAUAGAGUUGUAUACGGAAUUUAUAAAACAAGUAGAAUCUGCUCCAAAUCCAAAUCUUCUGGGUGAGAAGCUGGCCUUAGCUUACAAUAACAGAGGAUUUCUAAAAUACAGGAGAGUCGAUUUUGAGGGAGCGAUCCUUGACUACACAAAGAGCGUAAAUGUUAAUCCAAAGUCCUGCAUAACUUUCUAUAACCGAGGAACUGUUUUAUAUAGAUUAAGUAAAUUUGAUGAAGCAAUAUCAGACAUGAAGAUGGCACUAAAUUUAGAUCCAAGCUUUGAGCCUGCACAAACAGGUCUGCAUUUUGCUGAGCAGGACAGAGAAAACAAAAUCAAAAGAGGGUGGUGAGGCAUAUGGAUGGCCGUAUGUUGAAUGGGUUCAUGCAACAGGCUCAGUUGGACAUGCCCUUGUGCUAUGUGGAAUAAAAAUUUACUUAUUUAUCUUAACAGACAGUUAUUCAAGUUGUACAGCAAAACUUGGUUAAAACGAAGUCACAGGGACCUAUAGAACUACUUCACUAUAUCCAUAAUUCGUUAUAACCGUAUAAAAAAUUCAUUCAAUUUGUAUAGCUGAGGAUCCAAGAUGACUUUGCUUUAUCCAUAAAUUUGCAAUUAUAAUCCAUGUUCGUUCUAAACGAGUUUUGCUGUAAUUGUAUAUCACAAAUAUACUCUCAGUUUCUGAAUGAUGACUUGAUAAAUAUAACAUGCAUGUCAAAUACUGUAUAGCGGGGUUUUUUUUGGUGGAUGUGAAAUUUGGCAUUUUGCCUGCUCGAAAGUAUGCCAAUAAUUUUGGAAUAAUUUAGUUUAGCAGUCACAAGGUUUCAUGCAGUUCUUUGCAGAUAAGAAUUGAGAAUAUAUUAGCAAUUAAAAUUUUAGCGGGCUACUCUUAAAUUGCCAAAAUAAGCCAAAAUUAGCCCCCUGCUAAAAUAACCCACUGUACAGUAAAUAAAGGUUAUACAGAAUAAAAGAAAAUACACUGUAAAAGAAAUUUUGUGCCAUUAGGAUUCAAAUAGUUUGAAGUGGACAUUUAUUGAAGUGCCUGGACUCUAUCAAGGCUUGAAUUGCUGAAGGUUAUUCACAAAUAUCAGAUUGUCUACUGCUAUUUUCAACAUUCUGAGUGGCUGUUUAAGAUUUUUUUCAUUAUAACUGUCAGUCUGGGCCCAAGGCCAUAAACAGAAAACAGAGUUAUGUAAAUUUAUAAAUUAUAAAAUUGUCAUCACAUGUUUGAAUUUUAAAUGUUACACAAUGUUUUGAGCAUGUGUUAAAUAAAACUGAAGAUUAUUAAAAAAUAAAAUUUUGACUGACAAGUCUGUUCUUAAUUUAUGGUUACUGGGCCUGGCACUCCAUUCUGUAAUGCUUUUGACAUAGGCAGCAAUGUUCCUUUGAACCCUAUCUUGUUUACCUGUAACCUUUACAUAGUAUGCAAGUCCAAUUUCUUGAGAGAAGUGAAACCUGUCUACUCUAACAAGGGAGACAAAUUUUGUGUUGGAAUGGACAUGGUAUGGAUUGUACUGGCUAAGCACUAAUAUCUGUCAGUAAAACUGGAAUAAGAGCUUUGCGUAAAAAAAUAUUGUGAAUAAAUUCCCGUGUACAUGUAAACUGUCCUUGUGACAGAUUAGAUAGUUUUCACUGUAAUUCUAAAUUUGGAUGCAAACUCUGUUUACAUUAACACAUUUAGAAUAUAACAAAAAAUCUCUAUAACUUAAUAUUUUAAUAUUCAAAUAAAGGGAUGCAAUGAAAGUUACAACAAUGUUAUGUUUGCUGUCAUAAUCAUGAAAUGAAUGGUCAACCAUUUGAACAUCUCUCACAAAUCUUCCAUACAGCUGAUUGGCUGAUAAAAAUGAAA